AUGAGCCACUACAAGGUUCCCCCCAGCAGGGCUCUAUCACGAAACACCAGUGCCCAGCAGUUCUGGCAGCAGAGCACCACCUCUCUCAAAGCCUCCCACUCUGCCUCUGCCGAUCUUGCUUCUCUCCGGUCUCCUCCCACCAAUGGCGCUCGCAAAGGCGCCCACCCUUACGAUUCAGAGGAGGAAGUGAAGAGGCUGCAAAAGGAGAUCGAGAACAUCAAAAGGUCGCAUGGAGAAGAUCUGGAAAAGGAGCGGGAGACGAGUAGAUGUCUGAGAGAGAGGGUUGGCAAGCUGGAAGGGAAGGUCAAGAGAAGAGACGAAGAGGUUGUGAAGUACCAAGAGAAAUUGAAGGACAAGGAAAGGAGUACGAAGGCCGUUGAAGCAGAGCAUGAUGAUGAGAGGAAGGCGUGGGCCAGGGAUAAGAGUGAUUUGAGAGAGUGGUUGGAGUUGGAAAGGGGCAGGGUGGCCAAGCUGAAGGACGAGAAUGAGCUGCUCAGGGAUGAGAACAUAAGGCUGAAGUGGAAUGGGGCAACGAGCCCACGCGCUUUGCAGCCAUUACAGCCCAACAUUCCAUCCUCUUACAACUCCCUUGCCCCUUCCACCCCUCGUAAAUCCCAAUCCCAAUCUCAGCCUCCUGCUUCUGCACCCCCAACACCCUUAAACCUCCGUAAAGCCCAUCAGCAUUUGGAGUCUCAGCACAAGGCGCUGAAAGCGGCUUACGACGAGGUCAGAGGCAAGCUGGACGAGAGCACGCGGCACUUUAGGGCAUACGUGAAAACCCAGAAAGAGAGAGAGGAAAAGAGGAGGGCAAGGAAGGAGGAGAGGAAGAUCAGGAGGAGUCAAGGAGAGGUGAAGCCAGUGUUGGACAGGGUGGAGAUACCGCAGGUGGCAGAGAAGGCAGAGUCGCAUUUGGCGGAGGAGGCAGCACUCGAGCCGCAGUCUGAGGCAAAGCAACAGAUCUCUAUAAGCCCUACCCUGGCAGAGAACACCGAGUAUACGGCAAAGCAGAUAUCUCCAACGACUGUUCGCCUCUCUACCCAAGAACGCAUAACCGCCCAACCCUUCAGCACCCACUCGAAAUCGACAGCUCGACCCAGAACACCGCCUGAAGAGGCCUUCGACUCGGCUGCCGUAUCUGAUGAAGGCCGUAACCCGUUCUUCUCUGGUCUCAACGCGAACCGCUCGAUAGACGAGACACCCUCUCGCCCACCAAAGACAGAGAAACCCACAACCCUCCACAAAUCACUUGUUUCCAGGAAUCUGAAGCAGACUCCGGCACCUGUCACACCUCAAGCUGCUGGCCCCAGCUCCGUCAAGAGCGAAGUCAUGGGCUCGAAGCGGAAGCUCGCCGACAUGGAAGGCUUGACGCCUGCUGAAAAGGCUGACGUUCGAAAGAGACUGGCAAAGCUGCCAGCGAGUGAGAGGAGAGAUAUCUACAAGGAUUAUAAGAAAGGAGGGAGGUAUCUUGAACCUGAUCAGCUGCUGGCACAAGCGUCAGACGAAUACGAAAUCAACCCGAGCGCGAAUGAAGGUGCCAAGUUUGCGUUUCAUGAUGUCAAGAGAAAGAAGGAAGACAGAAAGCACAUGCACGGUGGCGAUUGCGAGUGCUGUAAAGGGUACUACACAUCUGUUGGGGCAAUGCCAAAAUUCAACCAAGGCCCGGUCUGGCAAGAUUCCAAUGAACCUGAAGAUGGACAGCAUGCUAUGAGGGAGCAUCUCAACAAGUCUUCGCGGCAUAGGGAUACUUGGGUUCGGGCUCCAACCCCUCCGGGUUAUUGGGAUAUCGGAUUCCCGGACACCCAGCGAGUGCAGGAACAUAAUCAGAAGGCGGACCAGAUGACCAGGGAAAAGGAGGAGAGGAUCAGGAGGGAAGCAAUGUACGUCCUGAACCUGUUGAAGGGCUGUUUCAAAAGUUGA